AGUCUCGAGCAUGCACUCCAGAAAGAUCUGCAGAUGAGGUUUCUGCACCUCGCGUCACUAUGUUCAGCGGUAAUAUGUUGUCGCUGCUCACCGAUGCAAAAAGCAGCUGUAGUGAAGCUGAUACAGAGCUGGUCUGACGGAACUGUCCUAGCAAUCGGAGAUGGCGCCAACGAUGUCGCUAUGAUUCAGGCAGCAGACAUUGGUGUUGGAAUAAGUGGUGAAGAAGGCAUGCAAGCAUCUCUUGCAGCUGAUUACUCCAUUGCUCAGUUCCGAUACCUGCAGCGCCUGGUGUUCGUUCAUGGAGCAAUCAAUUAUCACCGUGUUACAAAGACAAUCUUAUAUUUCUUCUACAAGAAUAUCGUUCUUGCUGUUGCAAUGUUUCUGUAUGAAUUCAAUACACUUUUUGCGGACACAUCUAUACUGGACGCCUGGUCAGUAGUGAUGUUCAAUAUAUUUUUCACCAGUUGGCCACCGCUUGCCAUGGGCAUUUGGGAUCGUUUGCUGCCGUUCGACCUAAUGAUCAACUAUCCGGCGCUUUAUCAUUUGUCUCAGAGUAGCGAAGGCUUUUCCUUAAAGAUCUAUUUCAUAUGGAUGUUCACUGGCUUAGUACAUGCAACAAUAAUUUCUUUUGUCGCUUACUACACUUUUAAAAGCGGUAAAUGUUAA